AGCCUCCCCUUUCAUCUGCAUAAUUAUUGGUGAUUGUGGUAAUAUUGAUUAGUUAUUGACUAGUCAUUAGUCUCCCAUUUCAUCUGGAUUAUUAGUGAUCGUGGGUCAUAUUGAUUAGAAUUUUGACAACCCAAUUAUUGACUAUUACUCUAGUUAGUAGUCUCCCCUUUCAUCGAGAGCUAAAGAUAUGGACGCUGAACUCAUCAAUUCUGCUCGAUCUCAUCCUGUGAUUGAAAGCUUUGGUUUGGACUUUGAUGAUGAUGAUGAGGUAGCAGUGACCAUGAGGAAGAGAAAAAGAUCGUUAGAGGAGAACGCGAGACAAUCUCAUGAAGCUACUACACCUCUAAAGCUAUCAUGUAAGAUUAUGCUUAAAUGUAGUCAUCCUUAUUCAUCAAAGCAUAUUGAUUUUAAGGUGGAACCAGAUUUUUGUGGUAAUGGGUGGAAAUAUAAUUUGGAUUCUGAAUUGCUCGGUCCACAUAAUAUUUCUAGGUAUAACCCCCAAGAGUGUUUUGUUCUCACCCAUAGAAAAUAUACUGUUACGCUGAAGGAUUGGUUGAAGAACACAAAAAAUAAAUGGUGUCCGAUUUAUCAGAGGUGGAAUGUAUAUCGGCCAAAUGAGGAGGCUAGGCAAAUUAUACAAGGCAUACUCCGUGCGGUUUAUGAACUUCACACUGAUAAUUCUUUUCAUGGUUUUUUAUAUCAUCCUGAAAAUUUUGCUAUAUAUGAUGAAUCAGUGAUUGGAAGUGAUCACGAGAAAAUUAAACGUGUCUUCCUCAUACAUGCAAAUUGUGAAUUGAAUCAAUAUUUUGCUGCUCCUAACAGCGAAGCAAUCGAAGAGGGAAAGAAAAAUGACAUGCUUGCGGUGUUAGAUGUCAUUUUUAAUCAAAUUAUUAAAUAUGAGCGUAGCUUGAGAUGCCCAAAAGAUCUGCAGAAGCUACAUGAACUACUUGAACAACAAGAUGUGAGUUCACACAGUUGGAAACUUAUUGUUAAUCACCCAUCUUUGUGGCAUUGGAAGUUAAGAUUUAGUUAUUUUGAACGUGUUCAGAUGCAAUUUUUGCAUGCUAAACAAUCUAUUCAGAAUUCUAUGAGACAAGAAUUUAACAAUAUUCAAGAAGUACAAGGCUGGACACAAAGAAUUCCUCCUAACACUCCCCUUCAGAAGGUGUUGCACUUCGGCAAUAAACCAUAUUCAACAACGCCGGAAGAGCUAUUGCGGUAUCUUAGGAACCUUCAUGUCCAUUAUAAAGAUGGAUGGCGUGGUGAUCCGAAAUACUUACAUGGGAAAGUUAUUGAACUUUUGGCUACUCAAGUUUCCGAACUCUUUCUAGUAGACUUGUACAACAUCAUGUGUAAGUUGAAUAUGAAGAUCUAGAGGCUUGACAGUGGCCCUUUUUAUGUAGUUUCCGAACUCUUUCUAGUAGCUUGUACAAUAUCGUGUGUAAGUUGAAUAUUAAGAUCUAGAGGCUUAACCCUGGCCCUCUUUAUGUGUUGAGAGGGGUUCUUUUCUAUGUUGUAGAUGAUGUUUUAAGUUGUUCAUUGACAUGAUAUCAAUCAUGUGCGAAAUAUGGCUGCAAAACUUUUGUUGGCUUC